AUGCCAAAUCUUAGUUACCUUGACGCUGAUGAGGCUGAGAGUGCAACGGCGGACCCUCCCCGAUGCAUGUCCGCCGUCCCUGAUCUAUUUCAUGAUUCUUUUAGUGAUGAUGGUGCCGUUAACUAUGUCAAUCUAUCAUCGUUCUUGAAGAAUCAAGAUGAGAUUUAUCAAUCUUUGCUAGCAAAGCUUCCUGCUAACACCAAAGCCAAAAGUGAAAUGGUUCCAACGAUCGAAAAUUCUCCUGAAUCUCAGGCAUUGACGAGUACCUUGAAAGAAGUCACCGAAACUGAAACUCUUACAAAAGCACCAGCACAUUAUUCGACAGUCAAUUCAAUGGAAUUAAUGUCUGGCCCUGAAUGUAGGAUUGGCGCGUCUUGUCAAAGCAGCCCCUGUGACAUUGAAAUGGAACUCCUUGUUUUACCUAUGGUAGAUGAUUUUUCAAAAGUGGAAUUACGUAUACCUUCCGCAUCCCUUUCUGCAGAGAAAAAAAGGGUCUUGAAAAGGAUCGCUGCCGAGAAUGAAUUAACAAUUUUGAAUUUUGGGAAGGGUGGUACAAAAUAUACUGUUGUUCGUAAGAAAACUGCACUACUACAAAAGCAGGCCGCUCAGAGAGAAGCAGAAUUAGAGGCAGAAAGGCAGCGACAGCAACUUUUAGAAGAAGCAAGACUUGCGGCUGAUUCCCAAGUUACCAGCGAUUCUGCGAUUUGUGUUGCCUCCAUUCAAACAACGCCUAGUGAGACUCAGCUCAUGCCUAGUGAGUCUUCGGUAAAGAGCAACAGAGCUACAGAACGAAGGAAUAAUAAACGAAGGAAAGAGAUUGUAUCGUGUAAUACUGAGGUCUCAAUGAAUUCCGCAGCGAGGCGCAAGGCGCGCCGAGCUGCAGAAAGGGAAGAGGCCAGAAAGGCAGAGGCUGCUUUGCGUAAGAGAGAACGAAGAAGAAGAGAAACUGCCAUACAGACUUGUCCACCGAACUGGAUUAUUUGCCCAUGGUGUAAACAGGACAUUCCACCGGCGGAACAAUGUGGGCACAUAGGACUGUGCAGGGCGGCCUACCAUCAGCGAAAUCGAGAGGCGAAGGCACAGGCACAAUUGCAGAACUACCGGAUCGCCACAGAGAAUGCAAGACGUCGAAAACAGAAUUUACCACUCCUCAACCCCGUUCAGCAGGUCAAACGUACCCAGAUGGUGGAAUGGGAACGUAAUCAUGGCAAGAGUGCUUCGAGACGGCAGCCCAGUCAUUCGCGUACGAGAUCAGUUGAUGGUGGUAUAUCAGCAACCCUGAAGAAGCAGGCGGUGAUUGCAGCCCAGCUAAAGGAGGUUCAUCCAAAUGAUGUCAACGGCAUGCUCCACGCCACACAACGUGUUUGUGCACUGUCAAACUGUGCACAUUUAAUUACCUCUUCUGCCGGUGGUCCCUGUGCUUACUGUCGUUUGAACCUUUGUGCCCAGCAUCGACCUCCACACAUUGGACAUUACUGUCCCACCGCACCACAAGCUAGGGCAAAAAAGGCACUGUCCAAUGGGCAGAUUGAAGUAGCGUGCGGAAUUGAGGCAGCGGAAAGACAAGCGGCUCUAAAACAACGCAUGCGGGAAAAAUUAAAUGUUAUGGUGGAGAAGAGGAGACGUUGA